AUGGACAAGGAAAAGAUGAUCUUAACUGUGAUAAUGAAAGUUUGCCCAGAAACAAAAGUAGAAAUCGAAACCCUUCUGAUUAUUAUGCUGACCAAAAAGACUUCAUCUUUCCCGAAACCACCUCCACUUUCCAAUAAGCCUACUGUUUCUCUUGCUUCAUCUAAUCCGAAAAAUGACCAGACACACACCAAGUACAUUCAGAAGGGUUCAUCACCUACACAUGUGAUUCCUGAGAAUAUCAAAGAAUUGAUUAAGGAAGACAUUGUUCCUGGAGUGUCAAGAAGCCCUUGUCUCCGUCGACCUACAAGGAUUACUAUCAUGCUCUGCUUUAUGCCGAGGAUUACUACCUUGAGCCUGAAGACGCAGAUUCCAGAAUCUGAUAUGUUUCGAGCCAAUGCUGCGUUCCGAGAGUUGGAUGGCGUACCUUUUGACAUCCUCCCCUCUUGCCUUUAUGAGGGGGAGUGCUUUUCUUGUCCUCCACGUGUGGAAAUCAGUAAAUAUAAGGUGAUACUAUCCACUUUCAUGAGCAGCUUUCGAUUGCAUGAUGUAGGGAUCGUAGCUGGACAUUUUAGCCAUAUCUUUCUGGUGGAUGCCUCGUCUGCUACUGAACCCGAGACUCUGGUAACUCUAGCUAACCUGGCAAAUGAGAAUACAGUUGUUGUGGUUAUUGGUGCGCCGAGGAAUCAUUCAGGUUGGGUUCGUUCCACCAUUGCGAGGUACAAUGGACUGUUAUGUUCAUUCUUUGAGAGACUCCGCCAGAGCGAGUUGUACAACGGUCUUGAUCCAAAGUUUGUGACACAACUGCAAGAGAGAGGGGAACCACAUCGCUCUUUCUCAUUUCUUUGA